AUGAGACGAGAGGAGGAUAUUCAGGUUUCGUGUGGUGAAAUUUUGAAGGUUCAGCCUAAGACCAUCGUACAUACACGAGUGCAAGCGACAAAAGAAGGUAACAUUGAUUUAAGUUGUGAAGUGACGUCAAGUCAAGACGAGGUGGCAUCAUCGUUUCAUAUCACAUUAUGUGAUGAGACCCCGAUUGAGGGGGAGGACGCAGAAGAAGCACCCCAUGAGUUAGAGGAAGGGGUACGGGCCACAGAUGAAUUAAAGGAGGUUGAUCUGGGAACUCCUGAGAAUCCUCAGCCUAUCUUCAUCAGCACACUCCUUUCUAAUGAAGAUGAAAAAAUCUAUGUCGAACUGCUGAAAGAGUACAUUGAUGUUUUUGCAUGGACACACAAAGAGAUGCCAGGGUUAGACCCAAAGGUGGCUGUGCACCGCUUGGCAGUGAAAAAGGCAUGUCGUCCAGUCAAACAAGCUCAACGACACUUUCGCCCUGAACUCAUUCCCUCAAUUGAAGGAGAAGUCAACAAACUUAUAGAGGCUGGAUUUAUUCGCGAAGUGAAAUAUCCAACCUGGAUAUCCAGCAUUGUGCCUGUACGCAAGAAGAACGGCCAAACUCGUGUAUGCGUUGACUUCCGAGAUCUUAAUGUUGCAUGCCCGAAAGAUGACUUCCCGCUUCCCAUCACGGAGUUAAUGAUAGAUGUCGUGAUUGGGCACGAGAUCAUGUCAUUCAUGGAUGGCUCCUCUGGUUACAAUCAGAUUCGCAUGGCGCCGGAAGAUGAGGAGUUGACAGCAUUCCGAACGCCUAAAGGCAUCUACUGCUACAAAGUGAUGCCCUUUGGUUUGAAAAAUGCAGGUGCUACAUACCAAAGGGCUAUGCAGAGAAUAUUUGAUGACAUGCUUCACAAAAUGGUGGAAUGCUACGUCGAUGACUUGGUUGUGAAGUCAAAACUCCGCAUAGAUCAAUUGGGACAUUUAAGAAAAGUCUAUGACCGCUUGCGAAAGUUUCAACUUAAGAUGAAUCCCUUGAAAUGUGCUUUUGGGGUUGCUGCUGGGAAGUUUCUUGGGUUCACUGUUCGACAUAGGGGCAUCGAGAUCGAACAACCUAAGAUCGACGCUAUAAUGAAGAUGCCUGAACCAAGAAACCUUCAUGAACUUAAAAGCUUACAAGGGAAUUUGGCAUACAUCCGAAGGUUUAUAUCAAACCUAGCGGGAAGAUGUCACCCCUUUAGUCGGUUAAUGAAGAAAGGUAUCCCGUUCGUAUGGGAUGAUGCGUGCAAAAACGCGUUUGAGAGUAUCAAGUCAUAUUUGAUGAAGCCGCCUGUGUUAACUACUCCUAUACACGGUCGCCCAUUGAUCCUUUAUAUCUCCGCCCAAGAAAACUCUGUAGGUGCUUUGCUCGUUCAGGAAAAUAACAAGGAGAAAGAAAAUGCCCUCUACUAUCUCAGUAGAAUGAUGACACCGAACGAGUUAAAGUACUCCCCAAUUGAGAAGCUAUGUUUGGCACUGGUGUUCACCAUUAAAAAGCUCAAACACUACUUUGAAGCUCAUACCAUUCAACUUGUGUCGAAAGCGAACCCAGUAAAGUAUCUUAUGGCAAAGGUUGUUCUAUUUGACCGCCUGGCAAGGUGGUAUUUAUUGUUUCAACAGUUUGAAAUCGUCUAUGUGCCACAAAAGUCUGUUAAAGGGCAAGCUUUAGCCGAUUUCUUAGCAGAUCACCCAAUACCUGCUGAAUGGGAGUUAUCUAAUGAUUUGCCUGAUGAGGAUGUACUUAUCAUUGAAGUCCUACCCCCUUGGAAGAUGUAUUUUGAUGGAGCUGCACAUAGAGGAGGGGCAGGAGCUGGAGUUGUCUUCAUCACUCCAGAAGGUGAAGUGUUGCCAUAUUCAUUCACCUUGACAGAGCCAUGCUCAAACAAUGUUGCUGAGUAUCAAGCAUUGAUACUUGGGCUAGAGAUAGCAGUUGACAUGAAACAACUGAGAAUUAACAUUUAUGGAGAUUCGAAGUUGGUCGUUAACCAAGUGAUGGGACUGUACGAAGUGAAGAAGGCAGAGUUAGUCCCGUACAACAACUAUGCGAAGAUACUCAUACAAUGGCUGGGUGACGUUACGAUUGAACAUGUAUCGAGGAAAGAAAACAAGAAAGCUGACGCCUUAGUUGCACUGGCUUCAACUAUUGCUCAUCCUACAACUCGGGUACAAGUACGUCAAAAGUGGGUAGUUCCACCUAUUUUCAACGAAGAUGGCUCAGUUGAUGAAACUGUCGAACUCCCUAAUGCUUCUGUUUAUGACAUUGGCAAAGAUGAUUGGAGACAGCCGUUGAUUGACUACUUCACUGAUGGGAAGUUACCAGAAGAUCCUCGCAAGAGGGUGGAUAUAAAGCGUCGAGCUCCUCGCUUCAUCUACUAUAAUGAGACGUUGUAUCGUCGCUCAUUUGAUGGAGUCUGGCUCCGAUGUCUAGGAGUAGAGGAGGCAUUACAAGCCAUGCAAGAAGCUCAUUCUGGGGUCUGUGGUGCACAUCAGUCCGGCCCUAAGUUGCACUUCCACAUUAAACGAAUGGGUUAUUAUUGGCCUACAAUGGUAAAGGAUUGCAUAGAUCAUGCUCGAAGGUGCCAAGCUUGUCAAGUUCAUGCAAACUUUAUCCAUCAACCACCAGAGCCUCUACACCCAACAGUCGCAUCUUGGCCGUUUGAUGCUUGGGGACUUGAUGUGGUUGGCCCAAUUACGCCCAAGUCAUCUGCAGGGCAUACAUACAUAUUGGCCGCCACCGACUACUUUUCAAAGUGGGCAGAAGCCGUGGCAUUAAAAGAAGUAAAGAAGGAAAAUGUGGCAGACUUCCUCCGUGUUCAUAUCAUCUAUCGGUUCGGCAUCCCACGAUAUAUCUUAACUGAUAACGGGAAACCCUUUGACAAUAAAUUGAUGGACAAGAUCUGCAAGCUUUUUGACUUUCAGCAGCGGAACUCCUCAGCGUAUUACGCAGCUGCGAAUGGGCUUGCGGAAGCUUUUAACAAGACCCUAUGCAAUCUAUUGAAAAAAGUGGUCUCAAAAUCGAAACGUGAUUAG